CAAGUAUUCGUCUCCCUCCCCCACUGCACUGGUAAGACACGCUGCGCUGGUAUAUACACCCACGGUACGACUAAAACCCCUGAAAUUGCAGAGGCGUCAUUCUCAGGUACGCUCGAAAGACUCAAUUUUGGCCUCCCUUAGACCUCGAACAACAAAUAAGGAGGAGAUACGAAGUGCUGGUCUUCAGGGGAGGCGGAUUGUAGAACCGCAGAGUGAGAGACUAUUCUCGCUGUAUGUCAGAGGAGAGUUAUUGCUGUCAUUUUCGCAGUGAUAAUUACUACGGCGGAUACAUCGAGCUAGCGAACCCGUUGCAAUGGCCUCAACUGCGGAAAAAGCGACGCUUGCUCUGUCAAAUGCUUCCACCGUUGCUGUUGCGGGCAACGGCGUUUUUCACGAAUACGCCGCCAGCGGUGAUCGCGGCAUCGGUCGCCUGAAAUCCACUAGAACCUCCAGCCCUCCACCAGUGGAGACAGUGACUGACUCCCCUGAUCAACCUCCUACGCUGAAUCUGCCUUCUAUAACAGGUGAGCAUGCGUGUGUAUGUGUUGCUAAUCUGCCAUGGUGCAGUUAUACGUCACCUGUGUAACUAUUGUCAAUUAUACGUAUAUAUGUACAUAUUUGCUCACAUCCACGUUAUAGAAUUAUAGGUAUGUUUGGGUGUAUAUUUUGUUGUUGAUUAAUUUCAUGCAUAGAAAGAUGACGCUUUGAUGUGUAUCACCAUGUUGGCAUGUGCCCUUUUGAAGACCAUGCUGCUUCCUUAGAGAUACUGUAAUGUAUUUUGGCCUCUGCUUGAUUACUUUCCUUUGUGUCGAAUCACAAAUCUUUAUAUUCUUGGGAUUGGAUUAGAUAUACCACUUAUGUUGCGCCAACUUCACUCUUAUCUGCAUCGAGGCAUCAAAGACUUGCUAGUGAAGCCUUAUUAGUCAUUGCUUACCGACAAUGAUGAGGACACAUACCCCCCAUCCUUUGGAGCCAUUAUCAGCUGCUGAGAUCUUAGUGGCUGUAGCAACUGUUAGGGCAGCUGGUGCAACUCCUGAGGUGAGAGAUAGUAUGCGGUUUGUUGAAGUUGCGUUAAUGGAACCUGAUAAGAAUGUGGUUGCAUUAGCAGAUGCUUACUUCUUUCCUCCUUUUCAACUAUCAUUACUACCGAGAAAGAAAAAGGGUCCUGUCAUUCCCACUAAACUUCCACCUAGACAAGCGAGACUUGUUGUCUACAAUAAGAAGUCAAAUGAAACAAGCAUCUGGAUUGUUGAGCUUUCAGAGGUUCACGCUGUAACUCGUGGGGGCCACCAUCGGGGGAAAGUAAUUUCUUCUAAGGUUUUGCUUGAUGUGCAGCCUUCGAUGGAUGCUGCUGAAUAUGCUGAAUGUGAAUCUGUAAUUAAAGAUUUUCCUCCCUUUCGGGAGGCUAUGAAAAAGAGAGGUAUUGUGGAUAUGGAUCUUGUCAUGGUCGACGCCUGGUGUGUUGGCUAUCACAGUGACGCUGAUGCGCCUAAUCGCAGACUUGCAAAGCCUCUUAUUUUCUGUCGAACAGAAAGUGAUUGCCCAAUGGAAAAUGGUUAUGCCCGUCCCAUUGAAGGGAUAUAUAUCCUGGUAGAUAUGCAAAAUAUGGUUGUUUUGGAAUUUGAAGACCGUAAAUUCGUUCCCCUACCCCCUGUUGAUCCAUUGAGAAAUUACACAGCUGGUGGUACAAGAGGAGGUGUUGAUCGGAGUGAUGUGAAACCUCUGCAUAUCAUUCAACCUGAAGGUCCUAGCUUCCGUGUUUAUGGACACUUUGUUCAAUGGCAGAAGUGGAGCUUUCGCAUUGGCUUCACCCCCAAGGAAGGUUUGGUUAUAUACUCUGUUGCUUAUGUUGAUGGUAGCAGAGGCCGCAGACCCGUGGCUCAUAGAUUAAGCUUUGUUGAGAUGGUAGUCCCGUAUGGUGAUCCAAACGAUCCUCACUACAGGAAAAAUGCAUUUGAUGCUGGUGAAGAUGGGCUAGGUAAAAAUGCUCACUCACUAAAGAAGGGCUGUGAUUGUUUAGGCUGCAUAAAGUAUUUUGAUGCACACUUCACAAAUUUCACAGGAGGGGUUGAAACAAUUGAAAACUGUGUAUGCUUGCACGAGGAAGAUCAUGGAAUCUUGUGGAAACAUCAAGAUUGGAGAACAGGCUUAGCCGAAGUAAGGCGUUCACGACGAUUGACCGUUUCUUUCAUGUGUACUGUGGCAAACUAUGAAUAUGGUUUUUUCUGGCAUUUCUAUCAGGAUGGGAAAAUUCAAGCAGAGGUUAAGCUCACUGGAAUUCUUAGUCUAGGAGCUUUACAACCCGGGGAACAACGCAAAUAUGGGACAACCAUUGCCCCUGGCCUAUAUGCACCUGUGCAUCAGCACUUCUUUGUAGCUCGUUUGGACAUGUCUGUUGACUGCAAUCCUGGAGAAGCCUAUAAUCAGGUUGUUGAAGUAAAUGUUAAAGUCGAAGAGCAAGGUGAAUGUAAUGUCCAUAACAAUGCAUUUUUUGCUGAGGAGAGAUUACUCAAAACUGAACUGGAAGCUAUGCGUGACUGUAAUCCUUCGUCUGCUCGACAUUGGAUUAUAAAGAACACAAGAACAGUGAACCGUACUGGGGAGUUGACAGGCUACAAGCUGGUGCCUGGGUCAAACUGUUUGCCAUUAGCCGGUCAAAAGGCCAAAUUUCUAAGAAGGGCUGCUUUUCUAAAACACAACCUUUGGGUUACCCCAUAUAGUCCUGAUGAGAUGUUUCCAGGAGGAGAAUUUCCUAAUCAAAACCCGCGAGUUGGAGAAGGACUGGCCACAUGGGUUAGAUUGAACCGUUCCCUAGAAGACAGCAACAUUGUUCUAUGGUAUGUUUUUGGGGUGACACAUGUCCCACGGUUGGAAGACUGGCCAGUAAUGCCCGUGGAACACACUGGUUUCAUGCUCAUGCCCCAUGGAUUCUUUAAUUGCUCACCGGCUGUGGAUGUGCCUCCUAGCUUAUUAGUUGAAUCAGAUUCCAAGGAAAAUGGAGCCAUGGCAAAAGCUUGCCACUCUGGCUUGAAUGCUAAGCUUUAAGGGGACAAAGCUUUUCUUCAAGGGGAUAAAGUUCAUGUUGAUAGAUUGUUGCUUACUGAAACUACUGCCAUUGUGGUUUUCUUUUUACAACUUUUGAACAUAUGGGGCCAAGGAUAUUUCUAAUCUAUCGUUUAGUGCCCCACAUUUUUUAGUGAACUCCGUAUCUAAAUAGGAUACUCCCAAUUGUCAUUGUUCAGCUGUUUCUGUCUACUUUAAGAACUAUGGAGUAUUAUUUUAAUCAGGGUCUUAUAUUUUGCCCCCACACUUGUAGCCC